AACCGCACUCAACAACAAAAUCUUCUCCUUGUCUGUCUGUCUUGUCUAAACUCAGCAGGCACAUAGACCUCAGCAUGUUGUCUCCGGAUUUAGACUUUUCGAUACGUGAAUGUAUUUAUUUAUUUAUUUACAUGUGUUCUCUAUAUUUUCCAGUGAGUUGCUCAACUUGCUCCUAGUGGAGAAAAAAACAGACCGCCAUAUUUGAAUACCUCAUCCUUUUGCAGUAUAUAUCCGAGCAGGGAGCAAAACGACUCUCGUUGCCGUGGAAACGCACAUAGCUCAUUUGUAGCACACACAAGCCGUGAGUCGCUUUGGUCCAUGUCACCGCUGUUGUUGCUAAAACAGCGUCUUUCUGAAUGUCUACGUCGGAUUCACUGAAUGUACGUACCCACCAUGGUCAUUUCAACUGAAGAGGUUUCUUCGUCCCUGGUGCGGGAAUACCUGAGUCGAAAGGGACUGAGGAAGACUAUCGCCUGUAUGGAUGAAGAGCAUCCGCGCACAGAGUCCAGUAUAAACAACAGAUCACAUCUGCGGCAAAUUCUCAACAUGGAGAGCCUCUAUAGAGACAAUAAGGUCCAGAGCUCUCCCCUGAAAACAUUACUGGAGAUCAUUGUGAAGCAUCACAUAGCCGGCCAUAAUCAUGACAACAUCACCAGCGGUGAAAGUGCUGCAGCUCUCGGCUUGGUCGCUUCUCCUGCAGUAACACCGACAGUGAUACGACACACUAACAAGGAGGAUAGCACAGUUCGCUUUUUUACGAGCGAACACGUCCAACUGAGGUCUGAUGUAGAAGAAACUCGCUCCUCCCAACCUUCAUAUACCUCACUAUUGCCUGAAAAUGACUGUCUGGCCAGUAAUAACCAAACCCCACAAAGGUCGUGUGAUUCAGGAGACCACAAAGGGCAGCCACUUUCAGCUCCUUUCAACAACAAGAGUGUUAUAAGAGGAGAAUCAGAAAAAAAUACUGAGAGCACGCAAAGGAGCAAAAUGAAUCGCAUUAGACGUGGCAUGAUGGCUGGACCAAUAGCUAGUGCACCUCAGGAAUCAAACAAAAAAAGGUUGAGUCGAAGGGGAGAAGCAGCCCAGCUGCUGCUCAGAAAACAAGAUGAACUCAGGCCAUCUAGGGACGGACUUUUCUCGUCGGACUCACAUUCCAUAAGCUCAGAGAGCGGCCUGACUGAAGCUGGCUCAGCUAAACACGCAGGAUGGAGACGGGAAUUGCUAAGUCCCACAGAGGGAAUGCAGAGUGAAAACAGCUUUGAAAAAGUGGCGCAAGUCUCACUGAAGACAACAAAAGUAAAAACCAGGACCAACCUGACUGACUUGGAUGUGUCUGUGAUGGUUUUAGACGACAUUGAUGAUGAUGAUGAUGAUGAUGACGAGCUGCAAGGUCUCCCGAGAGUGUCCUUUCAGAGAGCCAUCACAGAGCAGAGCUACGCUAGCCGCCCGAUGGAUCAACGCACUGCCAUGGAAUUGAAAAUACUUCUUCUUGGUUCCAGUCAAAAUUGUUUCAGUGUAGAGUGGAGAAAUCAAGGCUUCACAUUUUCAGAAACACAUGACCUGAGAUAUGGAAUUGUGCAGAAAAAGGGUGGACCUUGUGGAGUGCUGGCAUCCAUCCAAGCCUUUGUUCUAAAGAAAAUGCUCUUUGAGAACACUGGAAGCAGUAAUGCAAGCCUUCAGAGUUUAACACCUUCCAGCAGUGCCAGAAGAAAGUGUCUCGUUUUAGCUUUGGCUGAAAUCCUGUGGAGGGCUGGCAAGGAGAAGCGAGCCACAGUCGCAGUAAGUUCUGGAAGAAGUCAUUUCACCCCAUCAGGACGCUACAAAUCAGAAGGAGUGCUUGAAAAGAUAACAUUAGUCUCUGUGGAUAGUGUCGAGGACCUGAAGUUGCAUUUAGAGCAGCACAUUGAGCAGUUUGAGACGGGAGGGUUAGGAUGCAUUCUACUGACAAUAUCUGCCGUGUUGUCUCGGUCUAUUGACAAAGUAAGAGAGGAUAUGGACGUGCCCACUACCACACUCAUUGGAGCCCAUGGUUACUGCACUCAGGAGCUGGUCAACCUGUUGCUCUGUGGCAGAGCAGUUUCCAAUGUCUUUGACAAUGACAUGGAGUUAGACUCAGGCAACGGAAACAUUACUCUCCUCAAGGGAAUCAAAAGUCGGUGUGAUGUUGGUCUGCUGUCCUUGUUUGAACACUAUAACAUCUGUAAGGUAGGAGCGUACAUGAAGUCUCCCCACUACCCUAUAUGGGUGGUGUGCAGUGAAAGCCACUUCAGUGUGCUGUUUGGCCUGCAGAGGGAGCUGUUGACUAAUCUGGAAAGAUCUUUGGAGUUUGACCUCUACUAUUAUGAUGGACUGGCCAAUCAACAGGAAGAGAUCCGGCUCACUGUGUCUGUUGGCAAAUCGACCAUGAGCCACCAGGACCUCAGCACUGAUCUCACUCCUCCACUGGAGCACUGUAUCCAAACAAGGUGGCCAGGUGCAUUUGUCAGCUGGAAUGACACAGAGCCUAUUCUCUGACUCAUCGCAUGGUUUGAUGUUGUUGUAAAUAUGUUAUCAUUUAGAGUUUAGAUAUUUUUAACAAACAUUUUUAUACAAACUUGCCUUAAUGAAAGUUCAGAAGUUCUAUUCAUAUUUAUCUUCACAUGCAGUGUUAUUAUUCUUUUAUUGCAUUGUUAGUUUAAUUAGAUUGUUUUUGUUACAUCAGGGAUUCCCAACCUUUUUGACAGGACAAAAGUUGUCAUAUUUCUGAAAGGCCACCUCUGGUUUACAUGACACAAUGGCCUAUAUGUUACAUAAUCAAUACAUAAUAUGUGCACAUGGAAUGAAAUUAUCAGUCUGUUGUAAGAAAUGAUAUUUGAAAAGAUGUGAUAGCUUUGUUAUUUGAAUAGUCGCACAAUACAAUUAUAUUUUGCAUGCAUACGGUAAAGAGAUACAACAUACUGUAUGGUAUUGUAGUAUGCUGUACCAAUAAAGUAUAAGUGCAAUAUAGUAUGUGCUUUACAAUCCUUGCAAAUGAAAAAGCAAUACAAAUAGAUCAAAAGAGUAAUGCAAAAGAAAUUUCAGAAAACCUGGAAAAGAAGUAUAUAUGUAAUUCAAAUCCAACAUUUAUAAAUAAUGAUUAAAGUUUUUUGUGUCAAAUUUCA